AUGGACGCGCUGACAGCGGAAACCAACAUCAACAGUCUAUGCAACAACAACAGCAGCAACAACAACGACCUAUCAGCCCAGACCAGUUUCCACGACAACUACUUCCAACAGCAACACGAGGCGCUGAUGUUUUUCAACGAGUAUGAUGAUUUCACUGCAGAUUCCCUGUCGCAACCGCAAAAUCACUUCUCCGCCGACGUUGAUCUCUCCAGUGAUCAUCUCCAGCAACAACAACAACAACAUGAAAUCUAUUCGCCGUCAACAUCGAGUGUAACAAUGUCAUCAUUACCAUCUCCUCCCAUUCUGACGUCAUCGUUCAACGUUGCGUCAUCUUCAUCAACGUUUCCGUCAUUGCAACAACAACAGUUACAGCAACAACAACAACAGUUGCAACAACAACAGUUACAACAACAACAACAGUUGCAGCAACAACAAUUACAACAACAACAGUUACAACAGCAACAACAACAGUUACAGCAACAACAACAACAACAACUGCAGCAACAGCAACAAUUCCAGCAGCAGCAACAACAACAGCAGCAACAACAACAACAGAACAACGACAUUUCCCAACAACCGGCUGUUGCCAGAGUUGCACCCAUGGCGAAGUUCAAUGAAAACCAAAACGUCAUCUUCAACAACAUCAACAACAGCCUCUUCAACGGCAACUGUGCCCAACAAAAUGACUGCCUUGACGUACAGAAACAACAACUGCAACAAUCUCUCAACAACAACAGCAACAACAGUUGCCUAACGACUUCCAUAGCAACAGCAGCUGAAACUGCAGCUAGUGAACUCAACAAGUUGUUGCCUCCAAAAAAGCCUUUAACUCCUUACAUGAGAUUCAGCAAGCUGAUUUGGCAGAAAGUGAAGUUAUCCAACCCUGGCAUGACGGUGUGCGAAGUUGGCACCGCAAUCGGACAGAUGUGGCGGGAGAUGUCGGAUGGUGACAAGCAGACUUACAAUGCUGAUUUCGCUGUCGACAAGGCAAGAUAUGACGAUGAGUUGCAAAACUACCUCCAAAUUACUGGCCUCCAAGCGUCUGAUUUGAUCAAGCAAAAAACUAAAAGAACGACUAAAGAGAAGACGCCACGGCAGUCUAAAGUUCAAAUCCUGUCGCCAUCUCGUGUAGAAAAAACAUUUGCAUCGUCAUCAUCGACUCUGCCAUCACCACAGGCUACCACACCAACCUCAAGCACGGCUGCUACAGUGGCUACAAACUCUGUAAUGGAGAUUGCUAGUCAGAUGCUGCUGAUGAACAAUGGCAACAUAUCUGAUGACAGUUUGAGACUGCAGCUGUUUCCAAAUGUGUCCUGGAGUGCUGGGGUUGAAAAUCCAUUUGAACAACAAAAUGACAUCAACUGCAGCAGUGCUUUGACGCCCUGCAACAACACCGACAUCAAACCAACAAUCUCAUCGUCAGAUUCUUCAUCACUCAUCAACAACAUCAACAACAACAAUAUUAACAACAACAACAAUAUCAACAACAACAGCAAUAUUAACAACAACAACAAUAUCAACAACAACAGCAAUAUCAACAACAGCAAUAUCAACAACAUCAACAAUAACGUAAAUAUUCACAAUGACAUCAAAAUCGAACCACUGGAUUCCUUAUUGUGGAAUGAUUCAAACUGCAUUGAGUCCAUUCUUAACACCAACAACAUCAGCGGCAACAACAACAAUACUAAUAAUAAUAAUAAUAUCAACAAUGACAUUAACAACAACAUAAGCAACAACGUUGCAACAAACUGCAAUGACGUCAAUAGUAGCAAUGCUAAUUUAGGAGGAGUUGACCUAAUGAGCAUGUUUAAUCUGUGA